UCCUUUAAAGCUCCGCGCAUGCGCCGUGCAUUUCUGUCACGCUGAAGGCAGCUGCUACGUGCUUAGCUAGCACACCAUUUCACAUCUUUCUGCCACUCAUGCAGUGAUCUUGUGACAGCGAUGCUGAAGAGUCGUUCAUGCAGAAGCACCCCAUGCUGACACCACAGGACAUUGGUUUACGCUGUGACAAAGGCAUCAGUCCUGCUCACUGUCCUGCACAGCUAUGGCCAAGGAGCAGCCGAACGCAUUCGACCUUCUCCCUCUUUUGGGGUCCACCGACUUGCACGAGCUGGAGCAAGUUAAAACCCUGCUGCAGGAGACUCUUAGCACAGAUAAAGGUGCUAUGUUGCUGAAUAGCCUUGUGGAAUAUUUCCUGGACACAAAUUCAUCUCAAGCUGUGGAUAUCCUGUCUUCUGUCAGGGAGCCCCAUGAUAAGCAUCUUUUAGAUAAGAUGAAUGAAUGCAUGGGCAAGCAGAGCAGCCGUCUCUCCACCGUCACCCUCCUUGGCCAUGUUGUCCGCAAGCAGCCACAAUGGAUCCACAAGAUUGCACGCUUCCCUUUGUUUGCUUCGUUGCUCAAAUGCCUCAAGGCUGAUUCUGAUGUAGUGGUUCUCAUAACUGGGGUUCUGGUGUUGAUUACUCUCCUACCCAUGAUUCCUCAAACCAACAAACAGCUUCUCUGUGAGUUCUUUGACAUCUUUGGAAGGCUUGCUGCUUGGAACCAACGGCACCCAGGUCACACUCAGGGAGUGUAUGCAGUCCAUCUGCAUGCCAGUGUAUACUCACUUUUCCACCGACUAUACGGGAUGUACCCGUGUAAUUUUGUUUCCUACCUACGUGCACAUUACAGCAUGAAGGAGAAUGUGGAUACAUUCGAAGAAGUAGUUAAGCCAAUGUUGGAGCACGUACGGAUACAUCCAGAGCUCAUCACAGGAACCAAAGAUUACGAGGUUGAUCCUAUAAGAUGGAAGAGAUUCGAGCCCCAUGAUAUAGUGAUUGAAUGUGGUAAAGUUUCCCUCGAUCCAAAGGAGGCAUCCUGUGAAGAGGGCUAUUCUUCUUUGUCUGAUUACGUAGCACGCCGCCCUGUAGAACACAGCCGGUCAUGUUCGGAGCUCAGUAUCCAUGAAAUGACCUCUGUCACGCCGAUGACCGCUGUUUGCCAGUCUCAUUCGCUAUCACUUCCUUUUCUUACUGUUUCCCAGGAAUCAGGUUCCAGGACACCCCCCCCCAACCAUCAACAGCAGAGUGAUGAGAUAAACUCCUCAGGAUUAAAGGAGGGCAUAUGGAGUCCUUCCUCAAUCUGUGGGAUAACCACCCCGCCCAGCUCCAGAAUGUCCCCUACCACCGUUUCAGAAGUCUCGCAUAGUGCCGCCCACCUCUCAGGACGGAUCCUCAACACACCAGUGGAUGGAAAAUGGUCCUUGUCUCCUUCAACCCCCUCAGGGUCAUCUCCGCUCCCAUCAUUCUCAGAGGAACUAGGGCAGGCCGCCCAAAACACCAGCAGUACUCAGGCUAAGGUAAAUCCAACGCUCAAAGAUCUGAAGAAAGUCAUGCCUAAAAGUAUAAACAACAACGGAGGUGCUAGCGAUGGCAAGAGUCCAGCGUCAUUGGUGACCCUAUACGACAUUGUCAAGAAGACAGACGAGGAGUGAGAGGAUGUCGCUAUCACAGAGGAGAUUUUAAGCCCGACACAUGGGAAACUGGAUUUUGCGACGAGGCCCGGCCUGGAUUCUUUUUUUUCCGGCUCCUCGGACACCUUGCUCUCAUCCCACCCGAGCAACGAACCAAAUUUAGUCUCCACACCAGACAGGGGUGAAGCCACAACCAAAGGAGGAGAUCAGCAACCUCCAUGGUCCCUGUGGCCUCCUUUCACCCCCAUAGAGAAUGGAAAGGGUCUGAGUAAAUGUUCUCUGUCCGAACUGAUGAAAGAACCCUUGCCCUACGAGCCGCUGUUUGACCUUGCCCUGCCUAAAGUGGCGUAUUUGUUUUUGGAGACAAAGACCACAGAGGCCUUGAGGAGGGUGGAGGGAGAGAGGACGCUACACCGAGAGAUGGAGGGCGAGGAUCUUUCUGCAACUUCACCGCUGGAGGUGUUGGACCGUGUUAUUCAGCAGGGCCAUGACACACAUGACAAGCUGCUAAAGAGAACUCUGUUCGUUCAAAACCAAUCGUCGGACCCAAACUCUGGAGUUCUUGUGUCUGUAGCAUCUGAUGAACUGGGGAUGUUGCGCAGUCAGCUGCUGUUGCUCCAUAACCAGCUGCUGUAUGAGAGACAUAAGAGAGAGCAGCAUGCGCUCCGGAACCGCCGUUUGUUUGGCCGUAUCGUCAACACGACUGCACUGGAAGAGCAGAACAACUCCAUGAAAACCCAACUCAAGCUUCAGGAUGUUGAGAUGCAGGCUUUACAGAUGAGCCUGCAGGAGGAACAGCGGCGCUCCAGGCUUCUGCGAGAGGACAGAGAGACUGUGGUGAACCAGCUGCAGGCGCAAAUCCAGCAGCUGCAGAAGGAACGCAAUGACUAUUACUCAAAGAUGCAGGAACUGCAGAGUGACUUGCAAGAAAAUCAGAAAAAGGUGGGCGAAAUGGAGGCGGAGCUACAGAGAGCCAACAACAAAGUAUGUAAUAUGGGACACCUGCUCAGCCAGCUGUCCAUCAAGCUCAACAAAAGUGAGAGUAUGGAGCAGCAGAUGGCUUUUUUGAACAAACAGUUCCUGCUUUUGGGUGAGGCCAACAAGCUAUGCGUGGAAGAAAUUGAGCGCUUGGGACCCGAGGCAAGCAAGGAGCUGAAGAUGCAGCAGGCGUCUUCACUGCGGGAGGUAGAGCGUUUGAGGCAGAGCUCCCUCCAGCAGGGUCAGAGACUCGAGGCAGCCCAGCAGCGCAUCACUGACCUGGAGACCCAAGUCACUAAGAAAGAGCAAGUCAUCCGAGAGCAGAAGAAAUUUCUGGAGAAUGUCAAAAGUCAAGCCAUGGAGCAGCUGCAGGUUUCAGAAAACAGAUACUUUGCUCAAAAACACAUCACUCAGGCAUUACAGUCGGAGCUGCUUGAGCUCUACAGUCAAAUAGAGCUGAAGAACCUGCACACCGGUUCACCAGCAGAGAGCACCUCUGAGCCCAGCAGUUCCACCAACCAGAGGUCAAAUCGCAACAGUACCAGCCCAUCUGCUUCAUCUCCAUCAGCUGACCCCUUGAAAAGAGAGGAAAACGCAUACAUGUGUUUCAAUGGCGAAGUGUCUGCCGUGUCUUCUCAUACGCCUCCCAGAGCGCUCAUUAACGGCAGUCAGGAAGAAGAUCUUUCCGCGCUCGCCCGCUCAUUUUCCUCCCUUCCCUGCGACUCCCCACUGGCAAUUGGCUCUUGCCCCAGUACCGGAAGCUUUUUGGGUAAGCGUGCCAGAGAGCUCUUCCGUAAUAAGAGCGAGAGCCACUACGAAGAGGAGCCAGCUGCCCCCACCUGCUUCUCUCAGGAUCCGAAACUAGUAGACCCUUCAGAUAAUGUUGAGCUUGAGGGGUCUAAUGAUCAGAUUGACCUGCAGCCCAUGGACAGACCCCGUGCGUAUAAUAUUCAGCGGAGGAGACAGCACGAUCUUCGAAUAAUGGAUUACAAUGAGACCCAUCAUGAGCAUUGAUUGUACGCUGCUGAGGUGAUCGUAGAAGAGGAUAAAUCCCAGUAUUAGAGUGCACCACUCCAGGUCAGAGUGGUCUGUGAAGUUUUAGUUCAUUUUAAAAGCUCUUUUGUAUUACAGAGAAGCCAAAAAAUAAGAAAAACAUUUGACUGGGUUGAACUAAUCCAGCCGCAGUGGCACACAUAUCUCCUGUCUAAAUGUCAUCGAGUUAACAAUGAAUUCAUCGUAAUUCUGUAUGUUUUUUUUUUUUAAUUGACAUUCACUGUUCUGCCGUGGUGGUGAUAUGGUGUGGCAAUUGGAUGUUGCUCAGUCCCCACUCUACUUUCCAGCCAACGUAUUGCCUUAAUCAUUGUUUUCUUCUUUAAAAAAGAAGGGUUUUGACUCUUCUGAACUUGUGUGAGCAACAUGUCCCGUUGAAUCACAGCGUCGUGAAUUACGCCUAAUGAGACUGAAAUGACACCAUACCAAGUGGGAUUGUCGCAGUCACUUUCCCCGUUUCUGCUAAAAUAGCACUGUAAAUAGUUCACACAUCAAUCAGUCUGAUAAAAAUGUGAAUAACAAAAAGCUGUGUAGGCAAGCAAGAAGUCGAAAUCACACGUCGUUCAUCGCUAUGGCAAGCCAUAUGUGCUUUUUGUGCUUUGCCUAGAGAAUAUGAGUGAGCAAGCGUUGUGUUGUAGUAGUUGUAGGAAUAGUUUUUAUUUUUAUUCAUUAUCCAUCGCUACUGUGAUUCUAGAGCCCAGUAACCAGUGCAAUAAUUCUAAGCAACACACGUCAUGCCAGAUUUGAGGUAUGAAUGAUGAUGGGGAUAAACAGAUUUAUUUUUUGCUGUUUUGCAAGACUGUCAGAGCCUUACAGAACACAGGUUACGCUGCUGCUGGUGCAUUUAAUGCAUUUGUGCUGUUGAGCUGUUGCUGGUGAUCAAGGAAUUAGAAAAUGAUCCGGCGUGUCUAAAGGUUGGUUGCUCUUGUGUUAAUAGCAUGCAAAAUACGGCCGCUGCUAUACGUUGACACUAAACUCGUCGGUUCUCUAUAAAGCUUGCCCCUGUAUUUUCUUUUAUCUCAGCGUUACAAUGGUCAGACCCCAUUUGUAAAGAAAAGGUUUAAUAUAAUGGGCUGCAGCUGGCUGAAUUGAAAGCACUUCUUUUUUAAUUCAGGCUUUCUUAAGAUUGAAGAACACUAGCCGAGCAUAAGACUUGAUUCUUUAUAAAAACUCGCCCCAGGGGUUUGUGUUUAGUGCAGGGUCCAGGUUGGAAUAUGUGAAGCAGUGUUAUAAGAAAGGCUGGCUUUAGCCUGCCAACUGGGUAGGUGGUUUACAACGAUCAUUGAAAUAUAUGGAAAUCACUGCUAUUUUUCUCUUUUCUUUUUAACCAAAAGCUCAAACAUUGUCAUUUCACAAAAUGCCUUACUGCACGGAACAGGAUGCCUGUCUCUUACUUUGUCAAGUUAUCUGAACUGUGGUACAGUAAGUUGGAUGAUGACUGGUGUAACAGGUAACCAGGGAGUCUGUUUAGAAAUACUGUUUUGAAUUCAAGAAAAAAACAACCGCUGUUCUCCUUGUUAAGCUAUGAUCAACAAAAAUAAAAUAUAUGUUU